CUCCAGCAGGAUCAUCGCUCAGUCAUCCGGCUGAACCUGCAGCACUUCCUCUGGCGCCAAGUAUUUGGCUUCCACGUUCACCCAUCCAUUCCCACAGCCCCAGCCCUUGAGAAGAUCGCCGACGUGGGGUGCGGGACUGCGUUGUGGCUGAUCGACGUUUCCCGCGAUUAUCCUCACUGCCAGCUCGAGGGGCUGGACAUUGACCUCACCCAAGCUCCCCAUCCCGGAUGGCUGCCCCCCAACAUUCACCUACAGCACUGGGACCUCCUCACCGACGUGCCCGCGGACUUAGAGGCGAAAUAUGAUCUAGUGCACGUUCGACUCCUCGUGCUGGUCCUUUCCGGUCUAGAUCCAAUGUGGGACGAGUUAGACUGCGUGAAUAUGUGCAUCAAGAAGGUGGACACCUCCAUUGCCGCACCCGCGUUGGAAGAAAUCAAGGAGGCAUCGCAUGCGGGAGGCCGACAUGAUUGGGUUUUGGAAUUGCCGCGCCUCCUGACCGAGGUAGGGUUCCAGGACGCUAAGAUAGACUACUAUGAUGAACCCUUGGAAUUGGUCCGCGCUUUCAACGACCAGCAUCUGUUGACCAUGCAAGAGUUCGCGGCGAAAUUGGCAGGCAAGGGCCAGCUCGAGGCCGCUGCUCGAUUUACCCAUCUAAUCCAGGCCGGCUAUCAGGAGUGUGUGAACGGCGCCGCGUUGUCCUUUCCUCGGGUAGUGGUCGUGGCUAAGCGACCUGCUUAA